CUAGGGUCCGUCUAACUGGAACUUAAUUUUGGGCUUUUUCCCAGCGGUCCAAGCCAGGGAAUUAGUUAGCUGGCAACGGCUGGUCUGCCGGCACGAGACGACAGUUACAAGAACUUUUAACUAAACUAACCCCCAUCAAAAAGGAGAAAUUCGUUCCUUUACUUCACCGGUUCACUUUGUCGCGCGACGGAGAGAUUCAAUUCAACCAGCAGGGAAGGCGAGAAUGGCGACGGCGGACGAAGGGAUCAGAGAAGUCGAAGAGACGAGCACGGAGACGACGCCGCUAAUCGAACCGGACAGCAACCCGAAAUCCGCAGGGGCGCCGGUGCCGGAGGUGGAGAUUCAUCUUUAUCGGAAGGGCAAGGGCCCGAUUGAAGUUUUCAAGAUGAAAUUGGGAGGGUGGGAGCAGGAUCAGCUGGAGAUCCGUGACAUCCUCGAUAAGUAUGGGUUCAAGUGCGUUUACGCUUUCAAUCACGGGUCCAUGACCCGGGGCACCCCGAUCCGAUUCAACCGGAGGAACGGCAGGUCCAUGCUUGGUUAUAAAGACGGAGCCGUGAUUUACAUCGACGGCGAGCCUCAGGAUUCGAUGAUAAAACCGGUGACCAAGAUCCUGUUAGGUGUAGCAGUAACAACCGUAUUAAUAACCGUGGUGGUGAAAGAACCUCCACAGUGGAUCAAGAAUUCCAGGUUCUUUGAGGGUAACUUUAAUCCAUGGCUCCUUGCUUUGGCAGUAAUUGUAUUUACACGAAUUAGGAAGAGAACCAAAGACUUCUUAGCGAAGCCCAGCAAUUGAAAAUACCCAUCUGCUAUGGAACAUGGACUUAAUCAGACUACUUGUGCGACACGAAGUCUGACAAAGAAGUUCCGGGCUUUGUGCUAUGAAUUAUGAUCAGUUGCUGCUGAUGAAGGCUGCAUUACAAAGGGCAUUGAAGAAGAGAAGGGUGGUUCCAUCUGGUUAGAUGCUGUUACCUCGAUAGUACCUUCCGAGGUUAGGCUUUGAAGUAUGUUUAAGUUUUAAGGCUUUGUUUAUGGGCCAGUAUACUGUUUCAGCUGUGAUGUUCCUGGUAGAAACAAUGUUUUCUCCGUUUACGGAUGUGACUAUUACUGGAGAGAAGGAUGUGACACUUGCGGUAGUAACAGAGAGUAAUGACCUACAAAUUUCUGUUGAUUAUAACAUCUAGUGGACUAUUGAUCUAUUGCUGCUGCUUUAAAGUUUGAACUACAUAACGAUGCUCC